AUGCAGCACCGACAAACACAAGAAAAGAAACCUGUCUACUGGCGAAAGAAUAGACAGCGACAACCCCGCACGGCCAGCCACGGCACAUCAUUAUCAAUACCAGCUUUAUCAGCUUGCAGAAGAAUGCUAUCGUCUCUGCACGGCAAUGAAGUACAAAGAAAGCGUCGCAGGUCGAGGCAGCUACCUCGGUCGAGGCGCAUGGAAACUGAAGAAAGCAGCCAUCAUGGAAGAGGACUUCCAACAUCCGCUGCACGUCGUGGAAGUUUCGCCUCUGAACAUUCAGAAGAUUGGAUGAUGCACUCGACCAGAGAUCCGCCGGUGUGUGGACGAUCUUCUUCACCUCCUUGGAGCAGACUGCCUUGCACACCGCCCAACGCACACAACAGGCACCAGUUUCUAACGCCAGGGGUCACCACUCCCCACAACAAGUAUCCCGAAAAGCUCUUCAGCACCUACCGAGGAGGAUGUGAACAAACUACAAAUGGUCAAAAUCUUUCGACGAGUUCACAGCACGCACUCCGACACAGCAGCGGGUCGAGGCAAGAGGCAACAUACUGCCAAAAGCACUACGCCGUUUACGGUCACGGGGACCAAGCACAACGCCGUCUAAAAGCGCUACAUCAGGUGACCGAGAUAGAGAGAGCGACGACCAUUCAGACGUACAAGGCUACCAACCAGAUGCGCCACUCCAAUACCUUUCGCUACACCACGACGCAGUAA